GGCUGGGUCAGCUCCAUCUCAUCUCAGUCUGGCGUUCAGAGGUGGCCGCGGGGGUCGAAGUGUGUGCCGCUUCUCGAGUGUGCGCGACUUUAUUUUGCGAAUCUUGACCACUGGAACUGUACUCUAAGCAUUAUGACUCUUCUGGGCUCUGAGCACUCCAUACUGAUACGAAGCAAGUUUAGAUCAGUCCUACAGUUAAGACUUCAGCAGAGGAGGACACGAGAGCAGCUGGCAGACCAAGGCAUCAUGCCUCUAAACCAUGGUAAGUUCCCUAAGCAGGAGGACUCUUAUGCGUUUGAGGAGGACAGCAGCAGCGAGAGUCUGUCUCCAGAGCAGCACCACAGUGAUGAGUCGCAGGGCUCUGCCUGCCCUUCGUCUGAGGCUGUCGGCAGCGCGCCGUCCUCCUCCUCCUCACCUGCCCUCACCAGCCCACGACAGGGAGGCGCACCACGAGAUCCACCUGAUCAAAGCCAGGAGGAAGGCCUGUCUGCUGCCAACAACAGCCAGGCUACUCCCCCAAUACCUGUUCCUGCUAUUGUCAAGUCCAAGACAUCAGACAAAAACCGACACAAGAAGCCCAAAGAUGUGAAGCCAAAGGUGAAGAAGCUCAAGUACCACCAGUACAUUCCUCCGGACCAGAAGGCAGAGAAGUCCCCUCCGCCCAUGGACUCGGCCUACGCCCGACUCCUCCAGCAGCAGCAGCUGUUCCUGCAGCUGCAGAUCCUCAGCCAGCAGAAACACGCUCACACACAUCCACAGUCGCAGCCAUCACAGCAUCACACACACGCUCCCCAGACGCAGGCCCAGGCCCAGGCUCAGCAGCGGCAGCCCGCCUUCAGCUACCAGCCUCACCCCCAGACCCACACCCACAAAGGAGCCAGUGAGCAGCUAUCAGCUUGUAGCUCCAGUGGUCCAUCCAGCCAAACCAACAGUAACUCCUCCUCCCCGGUCAAGAACACAUAUCCCAACCAAAGCAACAUCUCACCAGUCAAGCCUGGCCCCCUGCCAGCUAAUCUGGAUGACCUAAAAGUAUCAGAGCUCAGGCAGCACCUGCGUAUUCGCGGCAUGCCCGUCUCUGGCACCAAGACGGCCCUCAUCGAGCGACUCCGACCCUUCAAGGACUCCAACGCCGGCUCCUCGCCCUCCAGCUCCUCUGACAUCACCACAGUGACCUUCCCUGUCACACCCACAGGGUCCCUGUCCUCCUACCAGUCCCCGUCCUCCUCCAGCGCCCUCUCCCAGGGAGGCUACUACCCUUACCCCAGCACCUCCUCCACCCCUCCAAUCUCUCCAGCCUCCUCCGAGCUGUCCCUCAGCGGCUCGCUCCCCGACAGCUUCAGCGACGUGCCCAUGUCCUCACCAACGCAGUUCGCCCUGCAGCCGUCCCCGGCCCAGCUCAGCAUGGAGGACGGCCUGGGAGGAGGCGGCCUGGGCGGGGGAGGACUGAGGGCGGGGGAGGGUAGAGGUAUGGAUGGCGUGGAAGCAGAAAAAGAUAAGAUGCUGGUAGAAAAGCAGAAGGUGAUUGAAGAGUUGACGUGGAAGCUGCAUCAGGAGCAGAGACAGGUUGAAGAGCUGAAGAUGCAGCUCCACAAGAGAAAACGCUGCUAUGGAGCAACACAGGACACCAUCCCCCCUCCAUCUCACCCCUCCAUGCACCACCAGCAGACUCCACCCAUGAUGGGCCAGCACUUCUUUGGCGUGACAAUCAAGCAGGAGCCGAUGUCUUUGUCCUCCAGCUGUCCUCUGUCCUCUCCCAAACAGCUGAAGAGCUCUCCUGGCAGCUGCAUGGAGGAUAUGGGACACUGCAACGGCCCCCUCUCCAAUAUGGGGGCCCCCGGUGGACAACAAUGUAUGGACACCACCCCGUCCUCUGGGAGCCCCUCCACAAUGUCGGCUUUCCUCAGUCCACAGUGCUCACCACAAGACUCCCCCACUGGAAAGCCUUCGAGCAGCCCCCAGCCUUCAUCUCCUAAUAACCCCUACCUGCUGUCACCUCCAGUGGGAAGAGACGGCUGCGGUCACCCCCACCCCCAUGGCAAUAGCAGAGCACGCAACAUGCAGAUGCAGCAGAAGAACGGUGGCCAGGCGGGGAACUGCUCUUAUCCUUCUGACCAAAGAGGCCUUCAGGGAGUCUUUCCCAACUCAACUGAUUGUGGCCACGGUGGCUCAGCCAAGACUGAGAACCAGAACCUGCAACCAAAGAUGUCAGUAUUGCCCUCUCCUCGGCAUGUUGGCCAAAAGUGCCAGGUCCCUCCCCCUGCCUUCAGUAGCUCAGAUUCAGAUGCAUCUGACUUAAGACAGCCCCCAUGCUAUGAGGAUGCAGUCAAGCAGCAACUGACCAGAAGUCAGCAGAUGGACGAGCUUUUGGAUGUGCUCAUCGAGAGUGGAGAGAUGCCAGCUAACGCCAGAGAAGAGAGGGAGAGGUCCUCUGUAACCAAAGUUGUGCCUCACAUUACUGUGUCCCCAGGGUGUCCCGGCCUCCUCAUCCCGAGGUUCCACAGACACUACGAAUACCUGUCCUACACCCCGCUCCCUUACGACCAGUCAACCAAUCACGCCACAGAGAGCCACCUGGAGACUCUGCUGGGAAGUCCAAUCGGCCGGGGAGGGGAGGCGGCCCUUCUUAAAAUGGGUACUGAGGACGGGGGGCUGGAAGAUGAAGGAAACAGAGACGCCGAAGGGUACGGCAGCCCCCACAACCACCACCGUCACCCUCAUCAUCCCCAACAGGACAAACUUCUGACCAACAGAGAUCUGAUGGACACCCCUCUGUCGCCCAUCAGCACCAAAGUGUCCGCCGUCCCGGAGGUGCAGGGGAUGGUUAGCAUGACUUUCAGCGAGACGCCGUGGGAAACGAUGGAGUGGCUGGACCUGACGCCGCCCAGCUCGGCCACGGCCUUCAGUGUUGCCCCACCCAGUGGGCCCAGCAUCUUCAACACAGAGUUCCUGGAUGUCACAGACAUUAACUUGAACUCUGCCAUGGACUUACACCUGGAGCACUGGUGAAAACAUCAGCGCCACCAAAGUGCCAUCAGCCGUCAAACACAAGACACCAGCUCGCAAGUAGCUGUUGGUCCGCUCAUAUCAGCUAUGACCAUACCAAAGAGUUACUGAAUCCUACCUUAAGUCCAAGCACCGGAAUUUGCCUCUUGUAUAAUACAGUGGGAUGUGACAUCAAGCAGCCUACAUCCAAAGAUUGACGGCUAAGUCAGAGGUUGAACUACAGAAUUACAUUAUAUUUUUUAAUUCUUUUGUCCACUUGGCUGAAAUGAGGUUCUCGUGUUGUCGUUAAACCCAGAAUCCAAAGACUAGGUGCUUUCUGACAUGAUCUUUGUCCGUUUUGGACAACUUGGACUACUACCUGGACUACUUACUUGGCACAACAGCCAAAUAAGUAUGAGAGUGGACACAUGAAGGCUUUUCUAGAUAAUGGAGAUACAUGAUUACAGUGCUUUAUACCAACACUUUAUGCAGUAUCAGUGUUACGCCACCUUGACUUGAAGACACAUUUUGACAAUCAUUGUAUAUUUUCGGAGUCUAUGUUUGUAUUACUGGAAAAAAAAAAACGAGAGGAAUUACAAGGUGAAUUGGAUUGCUUA